CCUGAGCGUGCCUAGAGAGUGACAGGCAUCCCUUUAGGCUGGCUGACCCCACCUUUGGCUGCAGCCUCCCCAUUGGCUGCUUAUUAGAAUAAAUUGAGGACAAUGCAUACCACUGGCUGCCAAUGUUAAACAUAAGGGAUAUGUAUUCACUUAGCUUUGACUUCUUGGGAGGGGCCAAGGGAAGGCUGUAGUUCUGCGGACUAGGCUGCUGGGUUAUUUAGACUGCUUGGGAGGGGAAAACCUCUUCUUCGGCUGCGCUCCUGGCUUAACACUGCCAGUUCCCUACCUGCUCGAAAACUCUCUCCGCGGCCUUGAGUUCUGCCCGUUUGAGAGGCUUUAUCAGAGCUUGAAUAGGAGCCAUGGACGACUUUGAACGUCGCAGAGAGCUCAGGAGGCAGAAACGAGAGGAGAUGCGUGUGGAAGCAGAGAGGUUAGCCUGUCAAAGAACCGAUGACGAUGAGGAAGAAGCUGCCCGAGAGCGGCGCAGGCGGGCCAGACAGGAAAGGCUGCGGCAAAGGGAAGAGGACGACGUGUCAGGGACAGAGAAGCUUGAAGUCAAUGAUCAAAACAACAUUGGAGAUGAAGAGAGCAAAAGUUCUGCCAAAACCAUUACCACUGUGAUGAACACACAAGGGGAUGGGGAAGGUGACGAGGCUUUAUUCUUGGAAAGGAUGGCCAGGAGAGAAGAACGGCGCCAGAAACGUCUUCAAGAGGCCAUGGAACGCCAGAAGGAAUUUGACCCGACAGUCACUGAUGAGAACCUGUCAUUCACGAGCAGGAGAGAAGUGAACAACGUGGAAGAAAACGAAGCCCCUGGGAAACAGGAUAAAGUUGAAACCCACAGAGGACGCUACGAGAUUGAGGAAACCGAAACCAUCACCAGAUCGUACCAGAGGAAUAAUCUGAGACAAGAUGAUGAAGAUGAGAAGAAAGAAGAGGCAGACAAGGAGGAGGCACAAGAGCAGAAGCCAAAGCAAAGAACCAUAGAGGAGAAUCAGGUAGAAGUAACGAUAGAAAAGAAAACACUAGACAAAGAAGAGGAAGCUGUGGUGUUAGACGUAAAACUCCCUGAGGUAAAUGCAGAUGAGCCAAAAGUAGCUAAUGACACAAGUGCGCUUGCAGAAGAACAAAUAGAGAGUGAGGAGGCCAUAAGUGUAACUGUAGCACUAGAUGGAAAGAAAGAUGAAGAGGAUGAGGCUGAAGAAAAAAGGAUAGAAGAGAAGGAGAGACUGGAGAGGGAGGAAAUAGAGAGAGCUAAAGCAGAGGAGGAAAGGAGAGCUGAGGAAGAGCGGGAAAAAAGAGCUGCUGAGGAGAAAGAGAGGCUAGAACAAGAGGAAAGGGAGAGGCAAAAAGCAGAGGAAGAAAGGAAAGCUGAGGAGGAGAGAAAGAGGCUUGAAGAGGAGGAAAAAAGGGCAGCUGAGGAGAAAGAGAGGCUAGAAGCAGAAGAAAGGGAGAGGCUCAAAGCAGAGGAACGAAGGAAAGCUGAGGAGGAGAGAAAAAGGAUUGAAGCAGAAGAGAAAAGGGCAGCAGAGGAAAAAAAGAGACGGGAAGCUGAGGAGAGGGAAAGGAUCAAGGCUGAGGAGAAAAAAGCUGCUGAAGAAAGAGAGAGGGCCAAGGAGAAGGAGAGGAAGGCAGCGGAAGCUAAGAGGGCAGCUGAGGAAAAGGCCAAGCUGGAAGAGGAGAAGUUAAAGGCAAAGCAGAAGGCAGAGGAGAAAAAGAUAGAUGAUAAGCAGGGGAAAGGGAAGAAGGUAGAAGAGAAGCAGGUAAAAGAGAAGAAGGUACAAGAGGAAAAAACCCCAGCUGCUUCCUUGAGAAAACAGGGGGAAGAGAAAAAGGAAAAGCCACAAGAUGAGAAACUCCGACCGGCCUUCAAAAAAGAGGAGAUAAAAGACAGCAAAGUGAGCAAAGACAAGGCGCCAAAAGAUGAGGUCAAGCCCAGCUGGGAUCGCAAGAAGGGAAUCCCGGAGCCGAAGCCGCAGAAUGGGGAACGUUUCCCAGAACUCCCUGCUCACAAACUUAAGCAUACGGAGAAUGCUUUUAGCCGCCCUGGCCUCAAAACCACCCCAAAUGCUGAGGAAGCCAAGCCAGCACCCACUGUGGAGGCAGGCAAGCGAGUAGAGGAACUACGCCGUCGCCGCGGUGAGAAUGAGAAUGAAGAGUUCGAGAAGAUGAAACAGAAGCAACAAGAGGCUGCCGUGGAACUGGAGGAGCUGAAGAAGAAGCGAGAAGAGCGUCGGAAGAUUCUGGAAGAAGAAGAGCAGAGGAGGAAGAAAGAUGAGGCAGGCAGAAAAGCUCGGGAGGAGGAAGAGAAGCGGCGGCUGAAGGAAGAAAUUGAAAGGAGAAGGGCAGAAGCAGCGGAGAAACGGCAGAAGAUGCCCGACGAAGGCUUGCCUGAAGACAAGAAGCCUUUUAAAUGCUUCACCCCCAAGGGGUCCUCUCUCAAGAUAGAAGAACGUGCGGAAUUCUUGAACAAAUCUGCCCAAAAGAGUGGCAUGAAACCUACUCAUGCGGCAGCCGUUGUCUCCAAGAUCGACAGCAGACUUGAGCAGUACACAAGUGCAAUUGAGGGUACAAAGGCUGCCCGGCCCGUCAAGGCCGCCCCCUCUGACCUCCCGGUUCCUGCCGAGGGAGUUCGUAACAUUAAGAGCAUGUGGGAGAAAGGCAAUGUGUUCUCCUCGCCCUCCGGCAUGGGGACGCCCAAUAAGGAAACUGCUGGACUAAAGGUCGGAGUCUCCAGUCGUAUCAAUGAAUGGUUAACUAAGACCCCAGAAAACAACAAAUCCCCUGCUCCAAAACCUUCAGACUUAAGACCUGGAGAUGUGUCCGGCAAACGCAACCUCUGGGAGAAGCAGUCGGUGGAAAAGGCCUCGUCUCCCACAAAGGUAACAGCAGCAGGGAAAAAGUCAGAGACCAAUGCAGGUUUGAGACAAUUCGAAAAGGAGCCCUAAAGAAGCCCACCAACCAUGCUGGACCAACUCAGUUUUAAAAAACGGAAGUGCUAAAAUUUGUUUUUCUUUUUUUAUAUAUAUUUAUGGUUGUUUACCAAAAAAAAAAAAAGGCCUUUUGUUGGGGUUUUUCUUUUUUUUGCAUUAUUCCAGUUUUUAAAAAAACCAUGUAUAUUAGCACUGUAUUUAAUAAUCCGCCUUCAACAUCCAUCCUAAUAGUAGUGCCUUUGCAUCCGGAGCCUUAUUUCUAAAAAAGAAACCCAUGCUGUGAAAGAGAGACCCUUCUGCUGUUUUUUAACUUUCAACAGAACUGUGUGUCCGAACAAGUCAAGUUCAACCCACUGAAAAGGACCACCGUCCGCCUCAGAGCUUCCAUCCGUGGAUAUCCCACCAUAGAUGGAAAAAGGAGGAGAAAGGUCUGGGGCUCAUUUCAAAUAAUAAAAGGGCGAGGAAACAGCCGAUAAUUGGUGUUUAAAGGAGAGGUGCUGAUAAAGCUUUUUUUCAGUAGACAAAUGCUUGGUCCAGUCCCCUCUGGGGUUCCCAAUCUUACUUAUUCGAAUGCACAGGAACACAAACCCACCAAUACUCCCUCUAAGCUUUGGAGUCUUGUGAGCGAAAAUUCUACUUUGUGAGCGACCGGCAUUGAAGUUGUGAGCUGCUGCAUAAAUGAGUGUGCUCUGGGGCCAUUUAUCCUGAGCUAAGACAAAAAUGUGUGAGCCAGAGGCUAAAAAACAGUGAGCUAGCUCACGCUAACUCAGCUUAGAGGGAACAUUGAAACCCACGUCACACCAGACCCCUGGUUGGCGCUCCGCUUUUCACAAAGGGGAGGCCGUGCGUUCCUCUUCCCUCCAAACUGAUAACUUUCUGAAGGAAGCGGGUACCCUGUCACGAUGCUCUGUUGCAGGGACCAUGUGUAUUUUCCCUCCUCCUUUCCCAGCCUUUUUUUUUCCUAAAGGGGGGAAGAAUUUGUGCAGGUCGAGUGCCUGUGCAAUCAGAGAUUGUGAAGCGCCAUCUGUAUAUGCAAAGUGAGGUCCGCAGUGGAGGCGAGAGGGGGCCAGUUCACUCCCCCGCAAAGGACAGGUGGCAUUGCGGAUUCUGCCCCAACACCAUUCAUUUCAGCCAGACCAGUAUGAAGGAUGCUGCAGUAAGACCUGGCCCCAUGGAUCCAAUCUUUCUGCACUUUAAAUUGAGGCAGGGAAGAAAUUCCUUUCACUUAACAAUAUUUGUUUCUCUACUUUCCCCAUGUCAGCUCUUCAUCUGUAACAAGUCGGGAACGUGUUUUGUACUUCAUUUCUUUUUUUGUUUUGUUUUCCUAUUUAGUUUUAAGUUAAUAUCCUAAAUUUGGAUGACUGCGGUUGACAGCGGUACUGAAACGUCUCCCUUUUUGUUUUGUUUUGUUUUCCGGUUAGUUGCAAUUUUUAGAGUAUAUACAAAUAUAGCUUUAUGUGACUUAGCUGUAAGGCACUACUAACUGUAGAAGGCUUUUAAUACCUGCUAGAGUAUUAUAUUUAGUUAUAAACUUAACAUGGCUAGCCAAUAUCACAACCUCUUUUUAAAAAAAACAACAACAAAAAUACACACUUUUUAUAUUAAGAUUUCAUAAUUGCCAUUAGGCUUGUGGCAAGUGGAAGUGCUUAGAUUUUUUUUUUUAAAAAAAUAUCAGAUGCCUUUGAUGGUUAAUUAAAUUUAUAGUUUUAAAAGAGGGAGAGAAGGGUAUUAAGCGUCAAACAUAGGUCACUUGUAUAAAGCAAUGUAGCUAAUUUAUAUAAAACUUCCAUGAUUAACACACACACACAAGACACAUAUGCGCACAUUAUGUUGGUGACACGUUUGUUCAUUGCUGCACACUUAACUUUCCCUUUAUCAAGGCUACCUGCAUCUCACAGUGUCUCUUAAGAAAGAAAAAAAAAUCCACAGAAUGGGCACAGUCCAUCCAUUCCCUUUCACUUUGCUGGAAGGGAUCACCUCAGGGUUGUCCUCCCUGUUCCUCUUGGCCAUCCAAGCGCUGUUGUGUACCAUUCCGUACUACAGUUUGGCGUAGUGGUUAAGUGUGUGAACUCUUACCUGGGAGAACCGGGUUUGAUUCCCCACUCCUCCACUUGCAGCUGCUGGAAUGGCCUUGGGUCAGCCAUAGCUCUGGCAGAGGUUGUCCUUGAAAGGGCAGCUGCUGUGAGAGCCCUCUCCAGCCCCACCCACCUCACAGGGUGUCUGUUGUGGGGGGGAGAAGAUAUAGGAGUUUGUAAGCCGCUCUGAUUCUCUGAUUCAGAGAGAAGGGUGGGGUAUAAAUCUGCAGUCUUCUUUAAAGGAGAAGUCCACCAUGUCUUCUCUGGCCAUCCCUCUCUUCCCUGAGGUCUCUGUGCAUAAGUUAUGUAUGCUCCAGAAUGCACACAGGGUUGAGAGCCGGCUGUGCUGAGAAGAGGGAGAAACCAGGACUCCACUAAACAUUAAUGUGUUCCUGCAAAGGCAGCCAUGCUUGUGGCAGAAAGGAAAGGGGGGGUCACACCCUUCCCCACCAGUGCUCCUUCUAAACUGUGGAGUCUUGUGAGCAAAAAUUCUACUCUGUGAGCUACUGGCAUUAAAUUUGUGAGCUACUGCAUAAAUUAGCUUGCUUUGGGGCCAUUUUUCCUGAGCGAAGACAAAAAUGUGUGAGCUGGAGACUAAAAAACGGUGAGCUAGCUCACGCAAACUCAGCUUAGAGGGAACACUGGCUCAUCCCAGGCUUUUAUUUUACAGCCAUAUCAUUUGAUCUGUAUAUAGUAUCCACAGUGCUUAAGAGAAAUUGUUAGGUUGGUUUCCAGUCACAUAUCACAAUAUCCAGUAUUUACAUCAUAAAGACUAUCGAUAGGGCCAAACGGACAGCUUUUGAUGUUAUAGCCCACCGUCUAAUGCAGUUUGCUUGAGAACGGUUGCCCUUUUCUAUGUAUCUGGAGCAUCUCUUGUCUUGCCCCAUUCUUUUGUUUAAGGGACAAUGAUGAAUCAUGAGCCAAAGAAACCCUCCUGCUGGCACAGUGAAAUAUCACGUCAGUUUUCACAAACGGAGUGAAGUCAAGCAAGAAAAAAAAAAGUGAACUGUGGAGCUGUCUUUUUGUUUGUUUGGGAUUUUUUUUUUUUAAAAACUACACUUUUGAACUCUCUACAUCUGAGUUACCUGCAAUAAACCAAUAUGCUGAAUCUGCAAUUCACAAUAAAUGGAGUAUGUCUAUCUGA